AUGAGUAUCAAUUUCCCGAAGACCGAGGAAGACGUCCUCGCCCGAUGGCGAGAGAUCGAUGCUUUUCAGACCCAGCUACGGCUCACGGAGAGCUGUGAGCGCUUUACGUUCUACGAUGGCCCACCAUUUGCAACUGGCCUCCCACACUACGGACAUCUCCUCACGUCUACGAUCAAGGACAUUAUCCCCCGAUAUUGGUCUAUGAAGCAGUACCAUGUGGUCCGACGGUUUGGGUGGGAUACACAUGGCGUUCCUAUCGAGUAA